AUGGCAGAAACUCGCGAGAGUUCGAUGGAUCACAGAUGCGAUGGAAUUGAGACUUGUGUUAAAGUUCUCUCACAAAGGCUCCAUACUGAGAGUGGCAAGGCUCGCAAAGGGCAUGGUUUUUUCGGUCGCAAGAAGACAAAACUUAUCAUGCAUCGUCUACGGUGUUCCACCGGGAGAGCAAGUACGCAAGGCAUAUGUUUUGAUAGGAAAAAUGUCGGUUGGGGAGUCCAUCUGUUUUGAUUCCCUAAUAAUCUCCAAAUCUGCCUUCUGGAAGAGAUGCUUGAGGUGCUCAUCGCUGCGCAUAAUACUGGAGUCAUCUUUAUCAACUAAGAAUCCUCGUCGGAUGACACUUUCUUUUAUGCAGAUUACACCUUUUGAGGUGAGUGUCUUGCCACACUCGAUCAAGAACGAGAUGAAAUCACGGUCGGUGAGAUAAAGGAUGCACCACUGAAUCCAAAUGAGAUCAUAGUGGCACAGCAAGGCUCUAGUGGGUGAGCAGUCGUCCAGGACGGCACCGUCCGCUCGAAAAUGCUGCAUUCCACAGGCAAUUCUUUUGUCGACAGUUGACCCAACACGCGUGUUACCCAGAAAGACUGUGCUUUGGAUGAGGUAGUGGUGGUUCUGUUCCAACAUAUCAACAGACAAUGGAAGCAAGAGAUGCUUGGUGACGCGACCAAUUCUGGCACCUACAUCUAAAGCGCGAUUCCUUGCUCCAGUGCGGUUGCGGUUGUUGAGAUGAGUGAUGAACCUGCGGCUACCAGAAACGUCGCAGGCGCCGAGUUCGCCAAGUCCACCCAACAUGCCGUCAAUGGUGGCCUCCUGGGUUUACCAGUGGCGUGCGCUCUUGACCUACUACGGUUCAUCACAGGGACGCCUUGCGCGAGGACGUUUUCCUGGUGAAGCGGGUGUGGCAUCCGAGAGUUCUACUUUCCAUAAAUCAGCUAUAGAGAGGUACCUGUCACCAUUUGUGGAACCGCCAACACAAUCAAAUGAACUGAGGUCGUAGCGGGUCAUUCGGAGGACGCGUUGAUGUAAAGGAAACGGGGUGGCGUCAAUGGGACGCAAUAGAGCAGCAAGAUUAGUUGUGUGAGGAGAACGCGAGAAAUGAAGAGGGUACCAUCUGCUACUGGCAACAAA